UCUUUCAUUACGAGACUGUUUCACUUUCCCGCAGAAAAUAGGGUGUCGAAUCUGUCCUAUAACCUCAGUUAUAUUUAUUACAAUCUAAAGAUUAAAAAUGUAUCAUUUAUGAUAAUUGUGGUUUGUUUUGUGCAAAGAUUGUUCUAAGUAAUGUUUUGUAAUAUCGUUUGUGUUCUUACGACCACUCUGUAGCGUUUUAAAAAAUUAAAUAUGGCCUCAAACCGAGGAAUUCAGAUCGGAUCCGCGUGGUUCCAACGGAAACUCAAUUUGAGGCCGCAGCACCGGGGCGUGCACUUGGUUACGGAAGAGAUCCUCAAGCAGGUGCCUGAGUUGUCGCAGUUCGCUGUGGGGCUUUGCCAUAUACAAAUAAUGCACACAUCGGCGAGUCUAGCGCUAAACGAAAGUUGGGAUCCCGACGUGAGGGAUGAUAUGGAAAUGAUGCUCAACAAAAUAGUGCCAGAGGGUCUUCCUUACCGCCAUUCUUGCGAGGGCCCUGACGACAUGCCGGCCCAUGUGAAGGCAUGCUUUCUGGGUUCAUCGCUGACCAUACCAAUCACAGAUGGAAAAUUGAACCUGGGCACAUGGCAAGGAGUCUGGCUCUGUGAACAUAGAAACCAUGCCGGCAGCCGAAAGGUGGUAGUCACACUGUCCGGCUGCCCCCGCGACUCUCCGCUGUCACCAGUGUCUGUGGCGUCUUGCUCCAGUUAGGAGAGGGGGGGGGGUCGCGACCCCCCACACUCAGUCCCACUCGCGACCUUCCUCCAAAAGCACGAGGAGGUAAACCUCCCAAAGCAUUUUUAUCCCACAGAAAAGAGAUCUUUCAGAGGUUCAUAUUCACCAACCAGCUGUCGAACUGUCAAUGACAUUCAAUAUUUUUGAAUUUGGAAUAUGACCUUUGAAGAUGCCGAGCUCAUAUAUGCUUUAAUGUACGGUAACUAAUUAUGAGAAGACACCACUAAUUGCAUGAUAUUAAGAAUAAUCACAGCCCAAAAGAGCUUCUUAUUGCUUUAUAUGCUUAAAGAUGUUUAAGUUUAAUAUGAAAGCUUAUAAUUAUUUCUAGUGCUUUACAGCAUUUUGGCACUUUUCUCUUUUCUGUGUUCGAAGCCUACCUAGAACCACAGUACAUGUAACAAGCAGUGACUCAACUCUAGCUUUAACGCUUCUAUGCUUUUGUUUUAAUUUCAUUGUUUAAUUGCGCGGUAUUUUUCAUAAAUUGCUUUUUCAUACAAUAAAUGUUUUAUAAAAUAGAUUUAAAUUGUUUAGUUUGUUAAUUGUUACGUAAUUUUAUUAAAAUUUACAGGUCCUAGAAAUUCACGUGUCAAAUGAGGCUGUAUUAGUACUAACAAUGAGGUUGCCGGUUCCAAAGCUGACCUUAAAUUAUUUCCUUAUUUGAGUCUGCACUGAUAGACAUCGAGAGGCCAGAGCUCUACGAGAGGCCUGGUGUUAAGUUCUAUCUAUUAGUGCAGAUAAUUAGAAUACCCAUAUGGAAUUGAGUUACUGUUUUAAUUAUAUGUACUGUUCCUAGAUGUUAGUUCUUAUUCUUAUCUUCGAGCGACAAUAUGUACAUAAGAUUAAUAUUUUGUUAAGCUGUGCAUGGCAGUUUGAACAGCAUUACGGCAGGCCGCUUCAGUGCUCAUGCAUAUUUCAUACAGGAACUUAUUACUAUUUCGCCUUCAAGGCCAACCGUCAAAUUGUACCAGUGACCAAGUUUACGUUGAAUGAAAUAUGCACGGCUGUCGUCGCUUUUGUAAUUUCAUUUCGGAUAUUUUUCAUAGGAAUUGAAUUGUUUCGUUGCCUUCCAUUCCUGUGACGAAGUGCCAUGCCAGACGUUUAUGUUAAGUUCCAAAGGACCCUUAUUUGUACAUAGUUGUGCAAUUUUAAUAUUAUAAAUAACGGUUUGUUAUUUCGAAGAGCUCGCGGUCAUCGCUUGCAAGUUCCGUUGACGCUUCAUCACUCCGGUGUAUUUAUAUUCACUAUUGCACUAGUUCAAUUUUCAACUAACAGGGAGACACAAUAUUUUUAUCAUCACUUAGAUGUUUUAUAUCGAUCAGACACUCUAGCGACACCAACUUUAUGCACCGGUUAUGGUCAGACGUGAGGGCGUACGUUAGGUUAUAGGCUAAGCUACUUUCGAAUCCCUAUAGGCUACUUGUAACGAUUAGUACGUGAGACAUGUCCAUAGCUUUAAACGUAUCAGAUCCGUUGUAUCAACGGUCCCGGGAUAACGAUGAGCUACUGACUAGUGUAGUAUAUCAUUAUUCUUAAGGUAAAGUGCCUCGUUUUCAUGGGGCGAUUCCGAUUUCGUUGCUGCCGCUCGCGAUAACGGACGUGAUUGACUGUACUCGGCUUCCUCGUACCAUACAUUUUCCAAACCAUAUUGGCUUAAUUCGUCCCGAUUUGUGGCGUGUGUGUCUAGUUGUAUGUCUUCCUAUGUAAGUUCCAUCAUCAGGAUUAGUCUUAUCUGGUAUUAAUUCGUAAUAUUUAAACGGUAUUAGGGUCACACACUGAGGCAUUCACAAUAAUAGGAUAAUAGAAUGCUUCGAGACGUAUCCUUGGGCGGCAUAGUGAAAUAUAGAUAAAUAUAUAGAACAUAUGUGUAGUUUUGUACGGACUGUAGUUAUAGGGUGAGGUUUUUCUAAACAUUGGGGUAUACCAGAAUGUCUAUUUCGUUACGAAUAUAAAUUGCACAAAUACACUCAACUCAUAGAUAUUAACGUUAGGAUAUGAAUGCUUAAUAGAAGCGCCGCUGGCUGUGGAACGGCUGGCUCAAACCAUUUGAUUUCUAUGAAAUAAAUUUUGAAUAGUUUGGGCACGGGUAGGUCGUAAAAAAAUGUACAUCUAAAGAAUAUCGAUCUCGAAGAGAUCUGGACGUAAUCGAAGGCAUUUAAGGAUGUGUUUGGGGGUUCGGAAUAUACGCACAAUAUAACGUCGUACAGGUUAGAAGUGGGACUGUCAUUUGUUUAACACUUUGGGGGUCGUUUGUCUUUUGUUUUUCAUUGGAUCUCUAAUAUUGUUUAAUUUUUGUUUUUUAUAUAUUGUAUUGGUUGGUGUUACAUUUUUUUUUAUAAUCAUUUUGUUGUAGUGUAAGCACAAUUUAAACGGUUAGUUAAUGGUAGGUUUUCGGGCGUAGCGAGAGGAUUGUUAAGUGCUUUCUUGAAAUCUGUAAAUAUCUUUUGCAUAAAUAUAAACGUUUAACGAUGUAUAUAGUAUUUCACAUGUAUAAACUGUUCGAAUGUAUGUGUGUUAGAUUCGCCACUGCCAGAAAAUAUGCCUGUAAUAUUAUACUUUUGGUCGUCGUUUACAUUCCCUUAAUACAUUCCGCAUUUGUUUAGCUUGUAUGGUCCCAGGCUGUUAUCGACAACGAAUGUCUAGUCUACCUAGUUUUGAUUGCUAUUCCAAUAAUCAUGCUUUUAGGAAUUGUCCAAUUUGAUAUCAACCUAUGUACAAUCAUCAUUUUGCUAUGUAUAUCAUUUUUAACCAUUUUAAUAUAAGUGAAAAAAAUAAUAAUUUUGGACUUGUAUUAAAAUAUACGAAAGUACGUGUAGGUAAUUAAAAUUAUAAAAUAAAUAUUCGAUAUAAACGAUAUUAUUUGUAUUUCUUGGAUACAUUUUAUAUUAGAACACGAAUAUUCAAAUAAGGGCACGAAAUUUUUUUCUUGAUAUUACAUAAUUGUAUCAGGCGUAGAUCUAAAUCUUGUAGAAUAAUUGAAUGAAUACAUUUACGUGUAAUAACAACAAGGAUUUAAGAAAUUCAUAAAUUAUAAUGAAAAUGGUCCUUCGCAUAAUUCGAGGCCGGAUUUUUGCUUAAUUUAUUCAAUUAUUCUACGACUUGUAACAUUUCGGAACUUGUCUAAAUCUAGCUAGAUCCGCGCCUGUGUAUAAGCGAUUGUUUGCACAUAGAAAAAUGAGGUUGUAAUAGAUAAUCACAAGACAAAUAAUUUGUGUGUAUAUUAUGGUUAUGAAUUUAUACCAAUGUACAGAUUUUGUCAAAAAUUCAUUUGGUUUGCGCUCAGGCGUCGGUGACGCAACGUCACGAUAAAUUAACUGUAACAUAACUUGUACAAUAUAAAUAUUAUAGAUCCACAAUUAUGAAAGAGAUUAAAUAUUUGCAAAAGUUAA